UGUGUGUGUGCUGGUUCAGUACCUGCCCGACCGUUCUAGGGAGUGGAUCGCUGCUGCCCCUAUUCCAAUCCCUCUGCAUCUCGUGUCUCGUUUGUGCCACUCAGCCAACCAUUGCCCUCCCAGGCUUGAUCUGCUCAUAUUAUACCCCGGUGCUUCAGUGCCCGCUGCUUCACCUUCACUGUGUUGUGAUCUUACCUGAGAAUUCAAGUCGUUUGGAUUCUGAACCAAUGUGCUAUAUAUCACCAGUGAUUUUGGGGGGAUAACCAUUGCGAAGUCAAAAUAAACUUACGAACGGUGUUUCGUUUGUGGGAGUUUUUUAAUGAGACAAAGUGUGUAUGUGUGCUGUUUUUCAAGAAUUUUUUAGUGAGGGAAGGGACUGUCUUACUAAAACUACAACACUUCGCCCCUUCAGGUGAGAAGAUUAAAACACUCGCCAGUGAAUAACCUGCAACAUUAAAUUUUGCGACAGGAUUCACCUCCAGGACAGAUACUGUCUCAGUUAAAGUGGCUUUCCUUUCCUUCAAGACAAUUCUAAUUGAGGGAUGUACCAAGUACUCUACACGUGAGACCAUCUCUUCCCCACCCAAAUAAUCUCUCAGGUGGGCGUUUUCGCCGGGAAAAUACUAUUAAAAAAGAAAGCCCAGGGCGGAGUGACCUUUGACCUUUGCUUUACCUGGCGUGGGAUCAAGGGUUGUGUGGAGCUGUGUUGCAGAGUUGCAAAGUUGCAGGAGGUUUGCAGCACUGAGACCCCUCGCUUACUAACUCUGUGUACCUUAGUAACUUUUCAUCCAGCUUGAAGACUGUUUUUUUUUUUUUUUUGCUGCAUCAUUCUAGAUUUGAAUACCAUCUUAUUUACUCUGCCCUAAGAGGAGGCCUUUAAGGACCAAUAGACUUUCUGAGUAUUUCCCGGAACGAAUUUUUUUUACUUCUGACUAAAUUCUUUAAUUUUAAUCCCCAGAAGAAGAGCAUAUUCAAGAUUUUCAGCUGUAUUCAAGUGUCAGAACUUCAGCUGUAUUCAAGUGCCAGAACUUCAGCUGUAUUCAAGUGCCAGAACUUCAUCUAAUAAAACCUUGAAGUGUAUGAGAACUCCUUCCAAGAAUAACUCCAGGUGCAUUAGAACUUGUCAAAAAAAGUUCUCGCGCCCAUUAAGAAUUACAAAGAAUCAAGUAGAAUGAGAGAGGAGUGUGUAGAGAAAGUUUAAGUGCAUCAUAAAAAGGAGACUUGCAAGGGAAUAACUCACAAAACACCUACUGACCCUCAGCUCUACUGGUAAACGGACUCCCAUGAGUGCUGAGAGAGAGCUGAGGCGGCAGUAAGAACACUCAGCAACAACACAUAGUGUCAACCGGAUAAUAUCCCAACUCAGUGUAAGCGACUGUUUACGAAGUGGUACCCCGUUGCGAACUGGUUUGCUGCAGUGCAAAAAAAAAAUCCUCAAGAAAAGAAAAAAUGAAGAAUCAGUGAAGCCACAACCGAAAGGACACUUCGAAAUCACUUCGAAGUCAGGUCAAAAAAUAUUAUAUACAGCCGAGAAUUUAGCCAACUUCCACUCAGGACUGAUCUGCAAACUCAGUAACAACAUCGCUGGUUUUCAGUGAAGUUAGAACUCAGUGCCACAGAGGAACAAGUCUACAGGCGGAGUUCGACUCUUGUAAAAAUCUUCGACUUCGUGUCAGCAACCACCACGACGGCUGUGUUUAUCCCCGUUGGUGCUGCUGCGGUGGGCAGUGGCGUCCCCGGCUCUGUUCCUGUGCCAGGCACAGCUCCUGCUCCUCCUCCAGUGACCUUCGUCAUGGAGGCGGUGGUCAAUCCGGCCACUCCGCAAGCGGCCAACAUGCAAGAGGGGGCGACAGCAGACGCUCUCCAUCAGGAGAGGAUGGAAUACAUUCGCCAACUGGUGCAGGAGAGGGAGGCACUUGCCAGCUCCUCCGGUUGCGACGUCGCCAGGAGACUCAUUGAACAAGAGCUGGAGAGAGUGCAGAGUGGCAAGAGAAGUGAAGAGAAGAGAGCAGUGGAAGUGACCAAGGAGAAGAGCAUUAAAGUCACUGUCAAGGUGUUAGUGCCAGUCAGGGAGCAUCCUAAGUUCAACUUCGUGGGGAAGCUGCUGGGACCUAAGGGAAACUCCCUGAAGCGGCUGCAAGAGGAGACAAUGACCAAGAUGGCUAUCCUGGGGAAGGGCUCCUUCAGGGACAAAGCCAAGGAGGAGGAGCUGAGGAAGAACCCUGACCCUAAGUAUGGUCACCUGCAGGAGGACCUUCAUGUAGAGGUCACGGCGCAUGCGCCCCCGGCUGAAGCAUACGCCAGGAUCGCCUACGCAUUGACGGAGAUACGCAGAUACCUAGUGCCGGAUCACAACGACGAGAUACGACAGGAACAGAUGCGUGAGAUGCAGGUGUUGAACGGUCGUAGCGGAGUACCUGGAGGAGGGGAAGCUGGAGACGGUCACACUGACUCCUCUGGUUCCCUCUCCCCGCCCAACUCUCUCUCCCCGCCUCCACCCGCUUCCGUCAAGCUCCCCACCGCCGCCGCCGCCCACCAGAUGGCCGCCCACGCCGCCGCCACGCCAGUGCCACCCACCCUCCUCACCCACCCAGCUAUGAGGGGACUCACAAGGGCUCAGAUGGGUCUCCUGAGUACAGUUCCCAGCAUGCCCGCCCCUGCAGUGCCGGGCGCCAUGUUGGGUCGCUUUCCUACCCUGCUCCCCUUUGGUACAGUGGCGCCCCUGGCCCCUCACGCUGCUCGCAGUAUGCCGCUGUAUGAGGACUUCACAGACAUGUCGAGUCUCCAGGCGGAGUACGAGGCCACCAUGGUUAAUGACUCUGAGAAGAAGGACGGAGCUCUGAAGGCCGGCGUCGCUCGACCUCGCUUCCGUCACGAGCCUUACCGUCGCCUCGCCGUCAACGUACCUUCAUAAGAUGGUCUCGUGGUGUCCUACCGUGACCCUCAGCUCUUGUAUGGUGUUCUGAGGUCCGCUGUGUUGCCCCAAGGUUCUGUCUGGGGGUCCCUGAAGUCCAGCAUGGGUGCCCCUAGGUUCAGUUUUGAAUGAGUCCGUAGGUCCUGUGUGACGGCCCGCGAGUCCUGUUGGCACCUCGAGGUUCUGAGGACUUUGUUGCGCGCUCCGGUCGCUUGUCUGCACCUAUAUGUGGUAUAUCCAGGUGCCUCCACGGGGACUUCUAGUACCCCUAAUGCUUUUAGGUGUCUGCAGGCGUCAGCAGGUGUUCUUCAGAUUUCUCCAGGUUCUAUCAGUGCACCUGCAGUGACCUCUAGGUGCACCUAGGUUCUUCCAGGGCCCCCUAGCCAGCACAGGUGACCUAAUGUGAUCCCUCACCCACUCGCCCUGUGUCCUUAUGUGCUAAGUGUUGGUUACAAACAUACAUAAUAGAGAAAAAAUGAAAUGUGAAAUGUUUAAUGAAUAGACGAUAAAAGGAAAUGUUCAAGGAAGGCGAAGUAGAAAGAAAUGCCAAGACAAUAAAUAUGGAACAAAAAUAGUUAAAUAAAACAUUUAUGAUGUUGAUGGAAUUAAGUGUAAGGAAAAUAAAUAUUUGUGUGUUUCGAAAGAGAGAGAGAGAGAGAGAGAGAGAGAGAGAGAGAGAGAGAGAGAGAGAGAGAGAGAGAGAGAGAGAGAGAGAGAGAGAGAGAGAGAGAGAGAGAGAGAGAGGCUCGUGUUAAGAAUAUUGACAAAAUGGUGUAAGCAUGAGGUGAUAAUUCUUAAUAAUUGUUCAAAAACCAAAACCAAAAGAGGUAUUAUAUGGGUAGUAAUAAAGGUGGUUUUUGGCGAGAGUUGUUCAAUAAGUAACUUGUGUUUACAGGGCUUCUGUAUAUAUAUACUUUAAAAUAAAACUAAUGAAUUAUUUACUAGUUAUAAGAAGGUAUAUACGGUGUUCUCUCCUGCAGACUUUCAUCUGAUUGUUUUGUUUCAAGACAAUAAAGAACCAAGAACAAGACACAUUUUAAGGUGGAAAUGAUUUAGGUCAUUUUUUUCUGAACUGUUUAUUUUUUCUUGUUCGCUUUAUUGUGACAAAGAGAUACGACUGUUGGAGAGGUAAAGCUUUGGCUAUCAAUCUGUGUCCUCUCCUUCACUGGGAGAGAGUAUCGUUGCCUUGUGUGAAGCUUUAGAGCUUUUGCAAGAAGAGGAGAUAAAGGGAAUAUUCAUUCAGUGUUUUGUAUCAGCUAGCUAGCCAGCAAGUUCCUCCCGGCAUUGUGGUUGAAAACAGAGUGUCGCACCAAGAUAAACAUGUGUAUUUUAUAGUGAAACAAAAUAAUCAGUUUCCCAAGUGUGGCACUUCUCGUCUCAUUCAUUCUCUCCUCAGCAUCUCUCAUUCAUCACUACAUCAUCGUAGCACUUCUAUUUUCAUUCAUCACUACAUCAUCGUGGCAUAUCUUCCCAUCUUUAUCCUUUUCUAACCAGUGUAUCUUAGGGAGAUCUCUUGCUGUGGUGGAGUCAUGACCUCAUCCUCAUAUUUGCCCUCGACUCCCACAGUGUGCUAGGGAGCUCAAAGAGCCAAGUGUCAGUGUAAGAGUUAAGUUGAACUUGAGUGUUUCUGGGACCAUCAUUCUUAUGGCCUUUUCGUCUUGGAGAGUUAGUGGUUGACAGCGAUGGUGCUGUCUGCGACGAACCAGUAAAGCCGGAGCAGCAAUUCUGUGGAUUUUUUUUUUUUUUUUGAGAUCUUUCUUCGACUAGUCUGUGAUGGAUUUUGCUGCUGCGACAACUAUUUUAGACAAGACGUUUGUCUUCAGUGAUAUUGUUGAAGAGUUUGUGUGUGUUUGUAUGUGUGUGUGUGUGUGUGUGUGUGUGUGUGUGUGUGUGUGUGUGUGUGUGAGUGGACAAAGUCACUGAAGGAAGUCUGAGAAGCCAUCAGAGUCACUGUCAGACAUUGAUGUCUCUCUCACAAGCACCCUGACAAUGUUUUGUUUCUAGAUAAGCUAACAUACAGAUGCUAUCUAUAUCUCUAUAUUUCUAUCUUGUGUAAAUAGAUCCUCAGCAAGUUAGUCUGAAAUAUAUGUUUCGCAGUCGAAGUAGCGGUGUAGAGGAAUAAGUACGUUUUAGGAGUUUGUUGUAGAAUAAUUAAGAGUAUCUUGGUAAGCAAUCAUCUCACACUAGGAGAUCGAGACUCAACACUGACAGGUCAAGAUCACUUGACCUGCAGUUAUCACUUCCUCUUUCUCCCAAAUGUGGGUUGUGAUCUUUGAUAUAUUAGAAAGAAAUAUUAGAAUAGAGUAGCUUCCAGACUUUUAUUGGACAUAAGAACAAGUUGUUCCUUUUUUAACACCUCUCAGAUAUUUAUAACUGACAUAAAGGUGAGAGAUUCCUGCUUCGCAGCUUCCCCAGAGUUUAUAUUGUAAAGAGAUCGAAUUACACAUAUCGUAUAUUUCAGAUAUAGAAACUUAGAUGUAGCGGAUUAGAUCACUUUGAUAUUUCUUGAAGUUCUUCUGAGCUGCAUUAUGGCCUUUACGUAUCAGACGAAUCUAUAAUAGUAUGUUUCCUUAGGCAUUUAGAGUAUUUUACAAAGUCGCGUGGAGACAUAGGGAGAUAGAGGUUUACUUAAUGGGACGAAGGUCUUCCUGAGGAGACCAACGACCCCCUGAUGAGACACAUGAUCCCUUAAGGAGACUGAAGACCCACUAGGGAGUAAGAGUACCCCUAAAGAGGCAUAGGAACCCCUGGGGAACCCAUCGACCCUCCGAAGAGAUCCCAAACUAUUUUAAGAGAAGAUAGAGGACACCUGAGAAAGCCUAAGUGCUUUUGAUGAGGCAGAGCAAAUUCUAAAGAAGUCGACCCCCCAAAGAGGCUGAUGACUUCAUGAGGCCUAGGGGCAAUCUGGAAGGCUGUGUUGCUGUAGAGUGGCCUUUGGCGACUCUGCUUGUGACGGAGCCCUCCUCAGAGCGACUCCAAGUGGCCGUUGACGGGAGUCGUGGAGUUCUUCAGCGAAGAAUUCCAAGUAAACAAUGCGCACUCCACGUUUAGGUUCUCUUUGGUUACAGGGCUUCUAUGUUACACUCACACACACACGCACGACAAAAUGGUAACUAACACACGCACACACACGGGGUUUCAAAGUCAAAUAUUCUUCAAGGAUUGACGGGGGUCACUUGCACUUGGAUUUUGAAGCCAGAGUUAAAACUAAUGAUGUAGUGUGGGUUCUGAAAGGCGGGGUUAUCGUUUUAGCUAUUGAUAGGAUGGACACCAGCGCCAGGUUAAUGCUACACUCUUUCAGAAGAGAAUCGAACAGAGGAAGGGACCUCGACCGGUCAUUCCUGAUAGCAGCGAUGUUCGAUAUCUUGAAGGAAGUUGCAGAGUGAUCCACACAAGCUGUAAAUCGCAAGGCAGGUCACGCCCUCUCUUCUUUCAUACAUAAAUACACACAGGCAUACAAGUACACAACAAUAGUAAUCUCCACAUGGGUUUAUCGUCUCUACAUGGAUUGUCUCAUUUCUACAUGGGUUACUUCACUUCUGCACGGGUUGCUUCACCUCUACAGGGUUGCUUCACUUCUACAUGGGUGUCUCACCUCUACAUGCGUUGUCUCACCUCUACAUGGGUUGUCUCACCUCAACAUGGGUUGUCUCACUUCUACUUGGGUUGUCUCACCUCUACAUGGGUUGUCUCACCUCUACAUGGGUUGUCUCACCUCUACAUGAGUUGUCUCACCUCUAUAUGGGUUGUCUCACCUCUACAUGGGUUGUCUCACCUCUACAUGGGUUGUCUCACCUCUACAUGGGUUGUCUCAUCUCUACAUGGGUUGUCUCACCUCUACAUGGGUUGUCUCACCUCUACAUGAGUUGUCUCACCUCUAUAUGGGUUGUCUCACCUCUACAUGGGUUGUCUCACCUCUACAUGGGUUGUCUCACCUCUACAUGGGUUGUCUCACCUCUACAUGGGUUGUCUCACCUCUACAUGGGUUGUCUCACCUCUACAUGGGUUGUCUCACCUCUACAUGGGUUGUCUCACCCUUACAUGGGUUAUCAUGGUAAUACAACAGUAGGGUAUAUGGACAGUAUGUAAAUAAAGAAACACACUAUAGGUUAUGACAUUUAAGUGUACAGAGGUUUCACUCACCAGGGACUUUAUCACCUGAUAAAUUCCCUGGCGGGCGAAACGUCUUCACACGAAAAUACCAAAACCUACAGAGUAUGUUUACAUGAUCUGUCAUCUCAGUAUGUUAUCUUACUUUUUAUAGACAUUUAAUACAGGUUUUCCUGUAUUUAGUGUAAAUAUUGACCAGACAGCUGUAGUGGUUUAUAAUGAUCCCGUCUGUAACGUUUCGAAAGUUGCUUUAUUUCGAAGUUUCUGUAACAUUCCGUUUUAUUAUGUAAAUACUCUGAAGGUUAAAAGUCAAUAUUACGUUCAGGAUUUUUUUCGAUAUACUUUUUAGUUUUUUUUGUUUACCCCCCGGUAGACCGGAUGAUGAAACGUAAAUAUCAAAAUAACGAUGUCAAAAUUUCGUAUUUUGUACAAAAGAGGCGAGAUGUAAGAUGUAUAACAGCCGUCUGUUAUAGUGAAAGUCUGUCUGUGGUCUGUCUCUCUGUCUCUCUCUCUCUCUGUCUCUCUGUCUCUCUGUCUCUCUCUCUCUCUCCCUCUCUCGCUCUAGUCUCGUACCAACAGCUGCUUCCUGUUAAUAACUCAUAGGUGGCAGAUAAUCAGGUUUGAUCCGAGGAAGGGGAGGGAGUAACUCAGAUUCCUUGAAUCGGGAGCUCUUCAGCAGCAUCAAACAGUACCCCUGUGACUGAUGGUUCCAGGUGUUGCAACCUCCUCCUACCUGCCGGCCUGAUUAAGCGGGCUGUUGGUCCUAGCAGCGUGCAGACGUGGUUCUGUCAGUGGAUCCGAAAUAAAAUAUAAAUAAUGUGGAUGUUGAUGCCAUCUAUUUUUUUGGACGAUGGGAUGUUUAAUAUUACCAAGAAUCAAAAUCUUUGAUGGGCACUAUAGAGCCUACGAGGUGUGGAUAGAGCUUUCUUACUCUAUAUGAAUUAUUCAGAAAGACACAAGGCUGUAAAGAGCCUUUCACGUUGUAGAAAUCUUUUAAAGCCAUGCAUGGCUUACUCUAGAGCCAUCUUGCUCUAAAGAACCCCCCUCCCUCUAGAAAGCUACAAGCUUUAAUCUAGAGCUAUAUAGAGAGAGCCCAGAGCUUCAGUCUAGAACCAUUGAUUAGAACUUUUUAGAAACCCAGGAGGGGACUCGUUCGUGAGCCUCUUUGGCUCUAUAGAAACCUGCAGUUUCCAGAGCAAAGGGAAGCACUUAGAAACCUUCCAAAGAGAGUGAAUCAAACGCUACACGUCUCUUAUCUCAUCCUUUAUUUUUAUACCUUGCCUUAACGCCUUUUGCAAAGGGAAUAAUAUUAUAUAAAACGUUGUAUUAACAAAAUAAUAAGUAAUAAUAUCAAUUGUGACCCUUGUAUUUCCACUUCCGUUGUAAAUAAAGGCAGUAAAUAUGUGUAUAUGUCCCUUGAAGGCCGCGAUCCUCUGCUCCUUAACCGUGUUCAGAGCGUCGCUACUUCGGCUUUUAAAGAAUCGGAAGACUUUAAAGAGGUUUCUCAUCUGGGCUUGGAGAGGUUCUGAUCCCCCUGUUGUGGGAUGUUGCCAGGAAAGGCGAACUUUCCAGUGUUUAUAGUUGAGAUCAACUCAGUUAUUCGGCCAGUGUGUGUGUGUGUGUGUGUUUGAGACCAGAAAACAACAUCUCUGAGAGUGCCUGUGUUCUCUGAGACCAGAGAACAACGUCUCUGAGAGUGCCUGUUUUCUCUGAGACCAGAGAAUAACGUCUCUGAGAGUGCCUGUGUUCUCUGAGACCAGAGAACAACGUCUCUGAGAGUGCCUAUGUUCUCUGAGACCAGAGAACAACGUCUCUGAGAGUGCCUAUGUUCUCUGAGACCAGAGAACGUCUCUGAGAGUGCCUAUGUUCUCUGAGACCAGAGAACAACGUCUCUGAGAGUGCCUGUGUUCUCUGAGACCAGAGAACAACGUCUCUGAGAGUGCCUAUGUUCUCUGAGACCAGAGAACAACUUCUCUGAGAGUGCCUGUG